AUGAGUCUCUUUGCCCCGAUAUCUAUGCGCUGCGUGUUUCGAAAUCGAUCGUAUGCAACUCAGAGCGGCCACGGAGGGAGUGAAUACGUGAGCCCCAAACGCCGCAGCGUUACUCCAUUCAACGACGACGGCUAUGUACCUUGGAGCGAGCUCUCUGCAGGAGAAAAGACUGCCCGUGCGACACAGCAGACAUUUAACUUUGGCUUCGUGCUAGUCGGUCUGGCGCUUACCGGCGCAGUUGGCUAUUUUCUGUGGACGGACGUCUUUGCACCGGACAGUAAAAUCAGCCAAUUCAACCGGGCCGUCGACAAGAUCAAGAAGGAUGCACGAUGCAUUGAAGUGCUCGGGGAUGCCAAGAAAAUCAUUGCACACGGGGAAGAGACUGCGAACAAGUGGAGAAGAGCGAGACCAGUCGCGUCCUCGGAGCGUGUCGACCAACAAGGAGACGAGCAUCUAUUGAUGCACUUUCAUGUCGACGGCCCAAAUCAAAACGGCGUAGCGCAGCUACACAUGGUGAGGCGACGAGGCGAAUCCGAUUAUGAAUACAAAUAUCUGUUCCUUGAUGUCAAAGGCCACGAACGAAUUUACCUCGAAAAUGCCGACUCUACGUCGAGCGUAGCAAAGAAACAGCUCAGCUUCUUUGGAGUCAAGUGGUGA